AUGUACGGCUGCACACCCGGAGGUCCUGGGUUCGAGUCCUGGGUCGGGCCAAGUUUAGUUAUUGAGUCUUUCUGUAUAGUUAGCCUCAGUAACAGCCCGGAGUUGGGAAGUUGGCGGUGUAUCACCCCGUGCCUCGGAGAGCACGUAAAGCCGUCGGUCCUGCGCCUUAACUCUCACUGGUCGUGUCGAGUGGUCGUCCCACCGGAGUAUGAGAGUGACAGGAAUAGAGAGUGCACUUGUGUCUGCGCGUACACUUGUGCACUA